AUGGCCAAAGUGCUUGCUCGAACUGCAUCGCGAAAGGCUACACAUGCGUCUACAUUCCUAGCAGACGGGGAGGACCACGGUAUGGCAGAAAAUUGGCCAACGCUGUCGGCUCUUCCCCUUGCUGUAGAAUGGUUGAUCCAUUUAGUAGGCAUGAGUGGACCGGGGGCAGGACUGCGCAGUAUCGACACACCAAUGGAGGAGAUUGAAUCCAUCUUUGACUCUGUGUUUGCUCCUAUUCCAGGAGAAGCAGCACAUGAGCUGGAUCCCUCUUUGGCGUCAGACCUAGUCCAACUGUAUGGAAGUGAUGAGGAUAUACUAGAUGCCUACUACGUCUUCAUCCAUCCUUAUCACCCCAUUCUACCUCCACCCGAACGUUUGCCCGUAUCUAACAGCCCCUUGUCUCAGUGGCCAGAAUUUCGGCCAUCAAGUCCGCUCAGUCUGGCUAUCUCUGCCCUCCUGGUCCUCAUUCCACAUCCGAAUGAGUCAGAUCCAUUGAGAGCAGAGUAUGUGAAGCUUCGCAGGGGUUUUGCGCAAUCUUUUGCUCGAGAUGCCCUGAACGCUGUAGAGCUUGAUUCCAGUCUGCUGAACUCAUCGGAUAAUGUUCUCAGUGCGGAUAGAGCACAGAUUCAUCCUAGGGUGCCUUUGCAUUUAGAAGGAAUUCUAGCUCUGAAUCUUCUCAGCGUCUAUGAGUACGCACAGCGAGGGAAUUUAUGCACCAUGACCGACCGAGCAAAUGAGGCGCUGACAUCUGCGAUGAAAUUGUCGUUGCAUGAGUCUCUCGAGGAGGAUGAAUACGCGGAGGCCCGGCGGAGGAGCUGGUGGAUGACGGGAUGGAAGGUUCCUGUCGAGGCGCAACAGACGCUCCUUGAGACAGUCGCAUUCAUGACUGACCUCGAGCAAACGAAGGCUUCCGGUCAAAGUGACUCUGGGAUACGGGAGCGAAUGUUGAGUCUUGAUUCUCAGAUUGGAUCAUUGCUGUUUCUGUGCAGAGACACGCGGUCUGCUCCCAAGAUCGUACCAACUCGAGUGGGAUCUCCAGAGGUCGCGGCCUCCCAGAUCAUGAUCACUAUUGCAGAAAUUCGAUUGCACACACUUUGCGCUUUCCAAGAUAUUCCCAGUUUCCAUCAACGACAAUACGAAUUCGGCCCAUCUCCCACUGUAUCUGAAUCUGAGACCCAGCCCGAGUCUUCUUCUGCUAGUGGAGCAGAAACCACCCAGCCUUCAACUCCUUCAUCAAGCUCACCUCUGCAUUUUCCUUUCUCCUCACACGAAUCCUCAAAAAUCUGCUUCCACGGCGCCCUUAACAUCGUCACCUUGCUGAACAACCUUCCUUUUCCUAACCCGACCAACGAGAUCCCGCUCAACAGCCCUCCCUAUCUCUCCCAGACAACCCGCGUCGAGAUUCCACGAAGCAUACUCACGUUUGCCUGCUGUGGAAUGCAAUCCGGCUAUGUGAUGCUGAUGCUUUGUCUCAAGGCACGUGCUCUGCGCGAUCGCCGCAUGGAGGCGUCCAAUUUCGCAAACACCCCCUCUCUGACUGCCCUUUUGAACGAGCUGCAUCAAAGCUUACGGCUGCUUGUCAAGUGUUUGAAUAACUGUGCGAUCGCAUUCGAGGCGCUUUCUGGAAUGAGAGGUACUCCCAUCUAA